GGUGCUGGUAUUUUAAAAGCCUUAAAUUACUCUUCAGAGAUGAUGGAAAAUGAAGAAUCCAAGAAAACCAUGAAAGCAUAUGAAAAAGAGGGGUCCAUGCUGAACUUCGUUGACCGGGUGUUUGGUGGCACAAUGACAAGUACAAUCAUGUGUGAGGAGUGUAAAAUGGUUACAUUAGUAGAAGAAUCAUUUUUAGACUUGUCACUUCCCGUUUUGGAUGAGCAGAUUGAUAAGAAAAAGUCUCUGGGAAAAUCUGGAAGGAACAUUAUUGAUGGGGAUCAGAAUGAUAACCGUGGCGAUUGUGAUGGAAACUUUAUUUCCAAGAACAGAGAUGAUGUCUCAACUGGCACUAGCAAGUACCAACAGAAGAAGGCAAAGAAACAGGCUAAAAAGCAGGCCAAGCGGUGCGAUCGCAGGGAGAACGGACUCUUUCGCACCCGGUGCUGCCGACUCCGCUGCCUCGCCUUUAGCGUUCACCAAGCUGCGGGCUUUUUUUCUGGGGGGCUCCAACACCGAGCUCAUUCACCAAAAACACAACAGCAGCUACAUUGA